AUCGCGUGGGCCGACCGCAACUGAUGUAUGUAAAUUGUACUUAGUUAUUUGUAAAUAUUUAUCCUACGUCAUGCGCGUUAUUAUUAUUGUUAUUACAACGACGACUACGACUACGACGACGACGACUACGAUAUUAUUAUAAUUUGUAGUGUCCGUGAAAUAAUGCGAACUCGUCCUCCCGCACGGACGCUUUAGCGACAAUCUCCGCACUGUGCCGCUUGCCCUCUGAACGAUCGGUCUUCUGGAACCUCGGUCAUCGUAACCGUUUCGAAAACGCGCGGUAUGCUCGGUAUACUGGUCCUGCACUUGUCGGCGGCAACGUUGCUGUCUGACUACUUUGGUUGUAACGGCCAGACGGCCGAAGUCGGCUCGAUGACGUCCCAGAUCGGCGGUUACGCGGUAUUCGAAUGCCCGGCAGUACCGCAACCGCGGUACGACCACGACGGUGGUCUUCGCCGUCUUGUAGCCGUACGUUGGACAAAAGACGGACAGACGGUAUUUACAUGUUCAGAGGGUACGUUAACCACUGACGAACGGUACGACGGACGGACUACCGUGGUAGAACCCCCAGAGUUCAGCGAUAUCGUCUCCAUCGCUAUUAACGUUUCUAGUCUUCGCGAAUCAGACACAGGUGACUACGAGUGUCAUGUAACUUACCGUGGAGAUGCAGGUCCUCAGCAGCAGUCUUCGUCACGACCACCUUUACCGACACUGUCAUCGCCCCAGUCAAGCACAGACUCAACUUUGAAUACUGUCGACAACGACAUGGGUGGCACAGCAGGCGUAAGGUUCAGACUUGAUGUGCAAGGUGGUGACAUGAUAAGUAUACCGCCGAUCAACCAAACCCGGAUGGAACAUGAGUCCGUUCACUUCAGUUGCGUGAAAGAAGAUCCUGAGUUUAUAGUCCAAUGGUAUAAAGACGGAGUGCCACUGGAUGAUUUGCCAUUCUUGAAUGGUAGAUUUCUCGUGACUCCAGAAGGUUCGUUAGACAUCUAUGAUGCAGCAUUGAACGACAACGGUUUUUAUUCGUGCCGCAUAGUAUCAGCAAAGGGAACGCUGUCUGCCGGCGCCUUUCUCAACGUUCAGUACAAAGCGAAAGUUGUCUAUUCGCCAGCUGAAGUUUUUCUUGCUUACGGUAAGCCCGGUACCUUGGAUUGUCACUUUCAUUCCAAUCCGCCGCUGACGAAAAUAAGGUGGGAAAAAGACGGAUUCUUGUUCGACACGUACAAUGUGCCUGGAGUUUACCAUAGGCUAAAUGGCUCUCUUUACUUUGAUCGGGUAGAGAAAGAACACGGAGGCAAAUACACGUGCACGCCAUUCAAUGAGUUGGGAACCGAAGGGGCGUCUACGCCAAUGGACGUGAUCGUCCAGCAUCCACCAAAAUUAAUUGUUGUACCGAAAGUGUUGUACUUCCGUAAACUCGGAGAUAACAUCACAAUGCCGUGUGAGGCAGAGAAUUUCGACAACAGAGGUCCGGCGAUUGUCUGGCAGAAGGCGGACGGUAAGAGUUUAUUUUAUCCACGAGUAACAGUCACUGGCGGUAAUCUAACUUUGACUGGCGUAAGGAGUGAAGACAGAGGUGUCUAUAGAUGUGUAGCAUCCAAUAUCGCAGCUACUAUUUCGGUGGAAACAGAGUUGAUCGUCGAGGAAAACUUAUUACAUCGUAAACAUUUUGAUUUGCACGUAAAUGCAACCAACAAGAAUAUUGUGGCUUACUGGAAACGACCAUAUUCAUUCUGCAACGUUUGGAGUAGAGACACGAGCUCGGCUUCGUCGAACUGGAACGCAACAGCGACAUCCAGCGACGGGAAAGCGAUUCUAUGGAAUUUAGACACUGGCAGGGAAUACGAGAUAAUGGUGACGUGCCGCGACGAGAUGAGCGGAGAAUCUAUGUUCAGCAAAUCCAUUCUGACAAGUCGUUUAAAAGAAUCUACCGGCCGAUCGACUGAUGAUUUGCGCGAAAAAUCUUCGAGUUUCAUCGACGACAACCACCCGUUCGACAUACGAGUUGAACGAUCCGGUAGCGGUUACAAUGUAUCAUGGACGAUGGAUAAGUCCAGCGUUGAACAUCGCGUCAAGCGAUACGUGGUGAAGUGGUACGAUGCGCGUGAUGGCUCAGAACUCGGGUCGGCGUCAACCGCGGCCAACAAAAGAUACAUAGGUAGUGGUGGAGCUGGCCGGUGGCAAGACCUACGGAAUUCUGGUAACGGCCACCGCGGCGGAUGGCCGACAGACGUCCGUCGGGAGUCGUUCGUUCCAUUCCCCAGCGUCAGCGUUGACAGCAACUACGUCCUCGUCACCGUCGACGGCCUUCACCAAAUACUAUUACAUGGUGCUGUUCGGUCUGCUCAUCGCCGGCUUCGUCGUGUUGUGCUGCAAUUGCCGCGGUGGUAAAGGCAGAUGAUAUUGUAAGGACGAAAAACAUACCUAUCCACCGGUCAAUGGUAUAACAGGGGACAAACUCUACGAAUACUUAUUACUUAGGUGCCUACCUACUAUAUGGUAUUGGUAACUGGUGAAAAUACAAAUAGAAAUAAUAAACCACCCUCAAAAAAAAAAAAAAAAAUACCCAUG